AUGAUCAGCACAUCAAGCACUCGUCCGUUCCUGGCGGUUGCACCUCGCAUUUCUCCAAACAUGGCCACAGACACAGAGGAGGACAGUGAGGAUGAAAUAGAUGAAACUUCUCCUGGCCCAGGGCGUCUGUUCAAUGUGAACAACAGUAACAACAAUGAGGAGGAGGAGAAGAAAAAGAAGAAAAAGGAGAAGAAAGAAAAGAAAGAGAAAAAAGAGUAAGCACCUAAGUUGAAAAAGAAAGAAAAGAAGAAGCAGAAAGAGCAGGAGGAGAAAGAAAAGGAGGAAAAAGAAAAGCAGGAGAAAGAAAAGGAGGAGAAAGAAAAAAAGGAAAAAGAGGAAAAGGAGAAAAAGGAGAAAGAGAAAAAGGAGGGGCCCAAAGAAGUGUUUUUCAUCAAUCCAGCGGGCAGUCUGUACUACAACUGGCUGUUCAUUAUCACAAUACCAGUCAUGUACAAUUGGACCAUGAUAAUAGCCAGAGCCUGCUUUGAGGAGCUGCAGCAUAAUCACCUAGUCACCUGGAUGAUUCUGGACUACAUCUCUGAUGUCCUCUACCUGGCUGACAUGGCCUUCAGGACCAGGACAGCCUACCUGGAGCAAGGCCUGCUGGUCAAAGACAAGAAGCUGCUGUGGGAGCGUUAUAUCAGCAGCCUCCAGUUCAAGCUGGACGCCGUCUCCAUGCUGCCCACCGAUGUGUUUUACAUCUACCUGGGGAUCAACUACCCCGAGAUCCGCCUCAACAAGCUCCUCCGAAUCACGCGUAUGAUGGAGUUCUUCACCCGCACCGAGACCAAGACCAAUUACACCAACCUCUUCCGCAUCUCCAACCUGGUCAUGUACAUCAUCAUCAUCAUCCACUGGAAUGCCUGCCUCUACUACUCCUUCUCUAAGUCCAUCGGCUUCGGCUCUGACCCCUGGGUCUACCCGGACCUGAAUGACCCAGAAGAGCCAGAGUUCGGCGAACUGGGGAGGAAGUACUCCUUCAGCCUCUACUGGUCCACGCUGACGCUGACCACCAUCGGCGAGACGCCAUCACCGGAGCUGGACUCAGAGUUCUUCUUCCAUGUGCUGGACUUCCUUGUGGGUGUGCUUAUCUUCGCCACCCUGGUGGGCAACAUCAGCUCUAUGAUCUCCAACAUCAGCGCCGCGCGGGUCGAGUUUCAGGCACGCAUCGACAACAUCAAGCAGUACAUGCAGAAGUGGAAGGUGGACAAGGAACUGGAGCUGCGAGUCAUCACGUGGUUCGACUACCUGUGGACCAACGACAAGGCUCAGGACGAAAGGGAGACGCUGCGGUACCUGCCCGACAAGCUCAGGGCCGAAAUUGCCAUUAACGUCCACCUGGAUACUCUCAAGAAGGUCCGCAUCUUCGCUGACUGCGAAGCGGGCCUGCUGAUUGAGCUGGUGCUCAAGUUGCAGCCCCAGGUUUUCAGCCCUGGCGACUACAUCUGUAAGAAGGGCGACAUCGGCCGUGAGAUGUAUAUUGUCAAGGAGGGCAAGCUGGCGGUGGUGGCUGAUGAUGGCGUCAAGCAGUUCUGCGUGCUGGGAGAUGGCAGCUACUUUGGGGAGAUCAGUAUCCUAGCGAUAAAGGGUUCUAAGGCAGGGAACCGGAGGACGGCCAACAUCCGCAGCAUUGGCUACUCAGAUCUCUUCUGCCUGUCCAAGGAUGACCUGAUGGAGUCAUUGACCGAGUACCCGGAAGCCAAGGGCAUGCUGGAGGAGAAAGGUCGUCAGAUCUUGCUGAAGGACGGCCUGCUGGAACUGGACCCUUCCAAAAUUAUCCCCGAAACCACAGAAAUCGAGGAAAAGGUGAACCGCAUGUACAGCAACCUGGAGUUGAUGCAGACCAAGCUGAAGAAGCUGCUGGGAGACUACAGCAUCAGCCAGAGGGCCACGAGGGAACGCAUCGCUGAGAUAGAGCGGCUGACUGGAGAGGUUGUAGCCGAGGAGGACCUAGAUGAGGAGGAGAAGGAGGGAGGGGAGGAGGAGAAAAAAGAAGGGGAGGCAGAAGAGAAGAAGGAUGAGGAGAAGAAAGAGGAGGAGGAGGAGAAGAAAGAAGAGAGGAGAAAAACAAUUACCCAUGAUGACAGACGUGACACAGGGCAUUAG